UCGCAUCGCACAUCAGGACGGCCCGCCUCCCAGUCGUCGAGCUCCGAGCAUCGAGCAGCGAGCACUGAUCGAGCUCCGAGCACCAACCGGCUGCACAAAUUCCAGACCAGUCCUCCACAGCAAGUCGAACCAACUUUGAAAAACAGACACAAUGAGCGAGCCCGUUCACCUCAAAUCCAGCUUCGAUAUCGAGAAGAGCCUCGAGGAGAUCUACACCGGUGGCAAAGUCGUUGUCACCAAGGACAACAAGACCCUGAUCACCACCAUCGGAGAGGACGUUCGCAUCAUGGACCUGGAGAGCGGUCAGAUCGUCCAUACUCUUGAAGGGGAGGCCGAUGUUGUGACCUGUUUGGUCGCCAGACCCGAGGGCAACCAUCUCGUCACAGCGAGCCGAAGUUUGUUGCUCCGAAUAUGGGAGAUUGCAACCGGCAAGGAGAUCCGGAGCUGGAAGGCUCACCAAGCUCCUGUCCUGACCAUGGACUUUGACCCCACGUCAACCCUGGUGGCCACGGGCUCAGCCGAUAGCACAAUCAAGCUCUGGGACGUUGAUCGCGGAUUCUGCACCCACAACCUGACCGGCCAUAGCGGCAUCGUUUCCAUCGUCAAAUUCCAUCCAAAUGCCAAACAGCUGAAACUCGUCUCUGGCGCGGACGACUGCACGAUUCGCAUUUGGGAUCUGACCGAGAAGCGGUGCAUCUCCGUGCUCGACUCGCAUGUCAGUGUCAUUCGUGGCUUGGACUUUACAAAGGAUGGCAGCCAGCUCAUCAGCUGCGCUCGCGACAAAGUCGUUAAUCUCUGGGACUUCAAGUCCGGCAACCUUCUCAAGACGCUUCCCAUCCUCGAGUCGGUUGAGGCUGUCGGUGUUCUGACGGCUGCUCCCCACGGCGUGCAAGCAUCCAAGGACGAUCUGUUCAUUUAUACUGGAGGCGACAAAGGCUUCAUCCGUAUAUGGAACGUCAGGACGGGUCAGUGUGUUGCCCAGGACAAGUCGGGUGUGAUCGGCGGUCAUACGAUUAUGGAUGUUCAACUGCUCAAGUCACGGAACCAACUGAUGGCGGUGACCAGCGACCAGAACCUGUUCUUCUUCAACGGCACGACUCUCGAUAAAGUCAAGCAAAUUGUGGGCUACAACGAUGAAAUCCUGGACGCUACCUUUGUCGGGCCCGACCAUACCAAAAUUGCCGUCGCCACCAACAGCGAGCAGAUCCGCAUCUUUGAUCUGGAAACCACUGACUGCGAGAUCCUCCAAGGACACAAGGAGAUGGUCAUCUCGCUCGACAAGUCGUCGGACGGCACGCUACUGAUCUCUGGCUCCAAGGACCAUCGCGCCCUGGUGUGGCGGAUGAACGAGCACUCCAAAUUUGAUUGUGUCGGUGAAUGCGUUGGCCACACAGAAGCUGUUGGCGCCGUUGCAUUUUCUCGUCGUUUCUCCAGCUUCGCCGUAACUGGCUCGCAGGACCGAACGAUCAAAGUCUGGGAUUUGUCUACGAUAGCCGAUGACCACAUUGCCAAGCUCAAGACACUCUACACGUUCCAGGCUCAUGAAAAGGACAUCAACUCAAUCGCUAUUGCCCCGAACGACAAGGUCUUUGCCACCGGCUCACAAGACAAGACUGCCAAGAUCUGGUCGGUCAGCGACGGAUCCCUGCUUGGCGUCUGCAAGGGCCACAAGCGCGGUGUAUGGUGCGUUGAAUUUUCACCUGUCGAUCAAGUCCUGGCAACAUCCUCUGGCGACAAGACCAUCAAACUAUGGUCCAUCCGCGACUUUACCUGUCUGAAGACUCUGGAGGGGCAUUUGAACUCUGUGCUCCGGGUGCGCUUCAUUUCCAUGGGCAUGCAGCUUGUCUCGAGCGGCUCCGACGGUCUUGUCAAGCUCUGGACCAUCAAGACGAGCGAGUGCGUCGAGACUCUCGACAAGCACGAAGACAAGGUGUGGGCACUGUCUGUGCGCAAGGACGAGAAGCAGAUUGCCUCUGGCGGCGUCGACUCGGCCAUUCAUCUGUGGAAGGACGUGACGAUCGAGAAAGAGGAGCAGAAGCAGGCCGAGAACGAAAACAAGGUGCUGAAGGAGCAGGAUCUUUCCAACUUCCUCUUGAAGAAGGAUUAUCGGAACGCGGUGUUGCUGGCGCUGGAACUCCGGCAGCCCAUGAGGCUGCUCAAGAUCUUUUCGCAGUUGAUCGAGGCCAAGGAUGAUUCCGACAGUCUGCUUGGAUCCAAGGCUCUGGAGCUGGUGCUCGGCAACCUCGAGGACGACAAGAUCGAAUUGCUUCUGCUCUACGUCCGAGACUGGAACACCAACACCAAGCACUCACAGACCAGCCAGGCGAUUCUUCGUGUAGUUCUGGAGAAGCUGCCUCAGGAGCGCAUUCUGGGGCUGGCAAAGUCCAAGGAGAUCCUCGAGGCACUGCUGCCGUACACCGAGAGGCACUACCAGCACGCCGACCAGCUCAUGUCGGGCAGCUACCUUAUCGACUACACCCUGCAUGCCAUGGAUAAUCUGCUGCAGCUGGAUGAGAACCUGGAAGACGAGAUGGACGACAACUAAGGUUCCGCACGACUGGCCACUGAUAUGUUAUGCUCGUUGGGCAACGGAUGGUGGUGCGCAGCGUAUUGGUGGGAGAUCGGUUGCCUGAACCUUGAUCAAACAGCGGAAAUACGAGUUGGAUAGACGCUUGGAGCGACGUCCGAUAUCCUCGAGCAGUGGCUGAUUCUCGGAGUGAGUCCUUUUCUUGUUCGUGCCUUUCGCCUCUCCCAUCGGUUCGCUUCGGAUGGAAGUUCCUGGCGACGACUUGUCCGAGAAGCGACCCAUGGCACAGCACAGAGCGUCU